GAUUCGUGCCAUGCCAGACGCUUCCCCGCAUCGAACCUCCGAACCCUCAAAGGAGGGUGUUUUGAUACUCGUCAAAUCCAAUCGCUUACCAGUCCGCUUAACUUCCAAGGUUUCCUAGAAUGUUAUCCGUUUGUUCACGUCGAACAGAUUGUGCUGCGCUUCAUAUUCACCACGUUUCAGUCGUUACGCGCCUAGAAUCGGAUCUCUUCCCGACAGCUCCGCCUCUUUCUCCACAUCGCUAACCUCCUAACUGAACUGGGAGCAUCUGCCUAGUACACUAGCACGCCCCAUCGUCCAAGGCAGCGAGAUAGGAUAUUGCUAUAUAUACAUCAAUUUCCAAGUCGUUGGCAUUUCAAGGAACUUCUCACCUAAAAAACGACGUCUGAUAGUCACUAUUGUUACGAUUAUGUCCUCAGUUAAUGUACAUCCGAAAGCUCAGCCAGAUUGGAACAACCUCAAUGUCCUCCACAGAAACACCCUUCCCCCUCGAGCCAAUUUCUAUGUAUAUGACACCCAGCACGAUGCUUUGAACUAUGAUGUUGCCAAGUCUAAUACAUACUGCUUGUCGGGCAAGUGGAAGUUCAACCUUGCUGCCAACCCAUUCGAAGCUCCCGAAGGCUUCGAGAACCCUGAUUUCAAUGCGGCAGGAUGGGACGACAUACCUGUGCCCAGCAUGUGGCAGCUUCAUGGAUACGGAAAAGGUCCCCAUUACACCAACGUCAACUUCCCCAUACCCGUAGAUCCUCCCAACGUCCCAUUCGAAGAUAAUGAAACCGGGUCAUAUAUCAGGAAGUUCGCUGUCCCUGAAUCUCUACGAGAAUCACAGCUUCGCCUGAGGUUUGAAGGUGUAGACUCUGCCUUUCACGUCUGGGUGAAUGGAAAAGAGAUUGGAUAUCACCAGGGGUCACGGAACCCUAGCGAGUUUGACAUCACGGACAUAGUCGACAAGGAAGGCGAAAAUACCCUUGCAGUUCGGGUUUAUCGGUAUUGCGAUGGUACUUAUAUCGAAGACCAGGAUCAAUGGAGAAUGAGCGGAAUUUAUCGAGAUGUUUAUUUAGUUGCGUUUCCGGCCGAAUUUCGUGUUGAAGAUCUAUUCGUUCAGGCUAAUUUCAUCGACGACGAAUACGUCGACGCCAUCCUCAAAGUCCGAGUAGAUACCACUGGUUCUGGUAUAGUCCGAGUUGACCUUUUCAACCCUGAAAAGAAUGAAGUUCAUGGUACCGACUUUGCAGAAACUACUGGUCGGGAAAGUAAUGAGUUUGCUCUCAAGUUAUAUGAGCCAUACAAAUGGACGGCAGAAUCACCAACAUUGUAUCACCUCGUUGUUUGCUUGGAGAAUUCCAGCUACGUUAGCCAGCGAGUGGGCUUCCGACAGGUCGAAACGAAGGACGGGCUAAUUAAAGUCAAUGGUCAAAGAAUUGUCCUUAAAGGGGCAAAUCGACAUGAACAUCAUCCUAAGUUUGGACGAGCCGUUCCGUAUGAAUUCAUGAAACAGGACCUCCUACUCAUGAAGACGCAUAAUAUUAAUGCCAUACGGACUUGUCAUCAGCCAAGCGAUAGUCGGCUAUAUGACCUCGCUGAUGAAUUAGGCUUCUGGGUUAUGGAUGAAGCCGACCUUGAAUGCCACGGCUUUGAGUCUAUCUGCGAUGCUGCUUUGUCGCCCGCAGAUAGAGCUCUUCCUUUCCGCGAACGGCAGCUUCUGACGCGGAAUAAUGCAGCCAAAUGGACUUCGGACAAUCCGGCUUGGGAAGAGGCUUACGUGGAUCGCGCUAAGCAGCUAGUCCACCGUGACCAACUUCAUCCUUCCGUCAUCAUCUGGUCUCUCGGGAACGAGGCCUUUUUUGGCCGGAACCACAAGUCAAUGUAUGACUGGAUCAAAUCAUAUGAUGACAGCCGGCCCAUCCACUACGAAGCCGACAUAUACGCCGAGACCAUGGAUAUGUAUUCGAUGAUGUACCCGCCGGUAGAAACCAUUGUUGAUUUUGCCAAGGACACUUCCAAGACCAAACCCCUAGUUCUAUGCGAGUUCAUUCACGCGAUGGGAAAUGGCCCUGGCAACAUUAAGGAGUACAUCGAUGCAUUUUACGCUCAUUCUAAGCUCCAAGGUGGCUUCGUCUGGGAAUGGGCAAACCAUGGCCUCCUGACUAAGGAUAAGGAAACCGGAGAGGAAUUCUACGCGUAUGGUGGGGAUUUCGGCGAUAUCCCGAACGAUAGCAACUUCAUAAUGGAUGGAGUGCUUCAUUCCGAUCACACACCCACCCCCGGACUAAUUGAGUAUAAAAAGGGGUUGGAACCGAUCAAAGUCAUUUCCUACACGUCCGAGACCGCUACAAUUGUGAAUCGGUACGAUUUCAAUACUCUCGAUCAUCUCGAAUGUAGUUACAUUAUCAUGGACGAAGGCCAACCAGUGUUCUGUGGCACCAUCGAUCUUCCUUCUGGCAUAGAACCCGGACAGACGAGCAAAUUGAGACUUCCUUCAACUCCCGCUAAAUCGGUUGGGGAACUGAUACUACAGCUGUCCUUUCGCCAACGGUCUGAAGACCCGUCGAUACCAGUCGGAUUCGAAAUCGCCUUCGAAGAGAUCCCGCUAAACAUCUCAUCACCUCUCACAACCCAACUUAAACCCUCAAGAAAACUAUCCACCACCGAAACCCCGACGCUACUAACUAUCACGUCUCCAACCACGACAUGGACCUUCUCCCCCAUCCUCGGUAAGCUACACUCUUUGACAAAGAACGGAGUCGAGUUCCUCGCCUCGAGCCCCGAAUUCACCGCGUACCGCGCCCCCACCGAUAACGACGCCCCGCAAGACGGCGCCGACUGGAAGAACAGGUUGCUCCAUCUCGCCAAGACACACACGCGCAGCUGCACCUGGGGCCCCGCGGAAGAAGGAAACGUGUUCGUGGUGUGGACGGAGCAGCGAUUCGCGCCGCCCACGCUCUCUUGGUCGAUCGCGCUAGACAUCACGUACACGUUCGCGGCCUCGGGCGCGCUCGCGAUCCGCGUCGAAGGCAUCCCGAAAGGAGAGAACCUACCGCGCACGCUGCCGCGGAUAGGGCUCGCGAUGGAGUUGCCCGGUUCAUGGGCGGAGGGGAACGGAGACGAGGCACCUGCCGUGUCUUGGUACGGCCGCGGCCCCGGCGAGAGUUAUAGGGAUAAGAAGCUCUCGCAGCGCGCGGGGCUCUACGAAGUCGCUGCCGUGGACGAGCUCUGGACCGAGUACGAGUUUCCGCAGGAGGGCGGCAAUAGGACAGAUACGCGGUGGGUUCGGUUUGCGCACGUCGGAGGCACGGCCGUUAAGGCGCAGUUUAGGGACAUGCAGACCGGCGGGAGGAAGUUGUUCGACUUCAAUGCUUCGCACUACCGCGUCCGCGACGUGGAGGCGGCGAAGCACCCGCACGAGCUGAAGAGGAAGAGGACGGAUAACGUGGUGCUCAGGCUGGAUGCUGCGCAUCAUGGCUUGGGGAGCGGCUCGUGCGGGCCGAGGACUAGAGAUGAGUAUGCUUUGUUAACGGAGGAGUUCGAGUUUGAGGUCGUGCUAGAGUAAAUUGUCAUAAACUAAGCUAAGGAAAUUAUUUGCGCGGCUCU